CCGGGGCCCGCCGCGAACUCUUGACAAUUCUGAAGAGAUGAAACUCUCCGAAAGAUGGAGGCGGCGAAGGACUCGGGAAGACGGCUGCGAUCGAUUGGGCGACGGCUGUACGACGAGGACGAAGACCUUUCCGACGUGGAGGAGAUUGUCAGCAUCAGGGGGUUCAAUCUGGAAGAGAAACUAAGGAGCAAAAUGUACCGCGGGGAUUUCGUCCGGCCCAUGGAAGGGAAAGACUUCACUUUUGAGUACGUGCAGCGAGAAGCCCUCCGAGUCCCCCUCGUCUUCCGAAGUAAGGAUGGACUGGGAAUUAAGAUGCCAGACUCAGAUUUCACCGUGCGAGAUGUGAAACUGCUUGUGGGGAGCCGUCGGAUCGUGGAUGUGAUGGAUGUGAACACGCAAAAGGGCAUUGAGAUGAGCAUGUCCCAGUUUGUGCGCUAUUACGAAACACCGGAGGCUGAACGUGAGAAACUCUACAACGUGAUCAGCCUGGAAUUCAGCCACACAAAGUUGGCAAGCAUCGUCAAGCGCCCCAAUGUGGUGGACUUAGUCGAUUGGGUGGACAACAUGUGGCCCCGCCAUCUGAAGGAAAGACAGACCGAUGCCACCAAUGCGAUUUCGGAGAUGAAAUAUCCCAAAGUUAAAAAGUAUUGCCUGAUGAGCGUGAAAGGGUGCUUCACAGAUUUUCACAUUGAUUUCGGGGGCACUUCAGUUUGGUAUCAUGUUUUUCGAGGAGGGAAGAUCUUCUGGUUGAUCCCUCCCACGUUGCAGAACCUAGAACUCUAUGAGGAGUGGGUUCUCUCGGGGAAGCAAAGCGAUAUAUUUCUGGGAGACAGGGUGGAGCGAUGCCAAAGAAUUGAGCUGAAACAAGGGCACACUUUCUUCAUUCCUUCAGGGUGGAUACAUGCCGUUUAUACUCCAGUAGAUUCCCUGGUGUUUGGCGGAAACAUCCUGCACAGCUUUAAUGUUCCCAUGCAGCUUCGCAUCUAUGAGAUCGAAGACAGAACAAAGGUGCAAGCCAAGUUCCGUUACCCUUUCUACUAUGAGAUGUGCUGGUAUGUUCUGGAGAGAUACGUGUCUUGCGUGACCCAGCGCUCCCACCUCAGCAAAGAGUACCUGAGAGAAUCCAUGUUAAUUGAUGCAACAAGGAAACGCAGCUUAGAUAGCUUCUCUUCGGAUUCUUGGGUAGACAUGGAUGAAGAAUUGUGUGACGUUCGUGCUCGGGAAGAGAAGGAUGACAACUUGGAAAAAACCCCUAAGCCCUCCGCUGAUGGUUCCUCCUCUCCCAACAGCACACACUCAGAAGGGAAGGAGAUUUUGGGGAAGAAGCCGAAAUCUGCUGCCACCAGGUACCUCAAAAGAACUUUGUCCAAUGAGUCGGAUGAGAGCGUAAAGUCAGCUCCAGCAGAGUAUCCCAAAACGCCCACGGGGUCGCCAGCCACAGAGGUCUCGGCCAAAUGGACUCACCUUACGGAGUUUGAACUGAAAGGGUUGAAAGCCCUCGUUGAAAAGCUGGAAUCUCUCCCAGAGAAUAAGAAAUGCAUCCCGGAAGGCAUAGAAGAUCCUCAGGCUUUGCUAGAGGAUAUGAAGAACAUCUUGAAAGAACACACUGACGACGACCAAAACCUUGCUAUUUCUGGGGUCCCUGUGGUAUCCUGGCCGAAGAAAAAUGCAAAGAACCGAGCUGUCGGCAGGCCGAAGGGGAAGCUGGGACCUGCUUCUGCUGUGAAGCUUGCAGCGAACCGGACGACCGCGGGGGCUCGCCGGAGGAGGACGCGAUGUCGCAAGUGCGAGGCCUGCCUGCGCACCGAAUGCGGCGAGUGUCACUUCUGCAAGGACAUGAAGAAGUUUGGCGGUCCAGGCCGAAUGAAGCAGUCCUGUAUCAUGAGGCAGUGCAUCGCGCCGGUGUUGCCGCACACGGCCGUGUGCUUGGUCUGCGGAGAAGCUGGGAAGGAGGAUACUGUGGAAGAGGAGGAGGGCAAGUUCAACCUCAUGCUCAUGGAGUGCUCCAUCUGCAAUGAAAUCAUCCACCCUGGAUGCCUUAAGGUGCGGGAGUCGGACGGUGUGGUCAACGACGAGCUGCCAAACUGCUGGGAGUGUCCUAAAUGCAGCCACGCCGGGAAAACGGGGAAAGCGUACAAGCAAAAGCGCGGACCGGGGUUCAAGUACGCGUCCAACCUCCCCGGCUCGCUGCUGAAAGAGCAGAAGAUCAACCGGGAGAACAAAGAGGUCGUCCCCGAUGCCGCCAAGCGCAAAGCGGAGUGCGAGGAGCCCCCCCGGAAGAAGUCGGACGAGCACCCCAAAAAGCCCCCCCUGGACCCCUUGCUGAGGCGGAAGUCGGAAGACGUCCACCUGCGGCGGAAAAGGAAGUUCGAGAAGCCUCAGGAGCCCACCAUGAGGAAACGGCUAAAACUAGGCAAAGAAGAGAAGCUGUUUAGGAAAAAGAGGCGGUCUUGGAAGGCGACAGACGACCGAACGGCCCCGGUGAAGCCUCUGCGGUGUUUCAAGCAAGAGCCGGAGGAGGGCCUCCUGGAGGAGCCCCCAAAGAGCAAGGAGAGCGACCAGUCCCGCUCGAGCUCCCCCAUGGCCGGACCCAGCUCGGAGGGGGCGGAGUCUCGCAGCGACAAGAAGAAGUUCAGGAUCCGGCGGAAAAAACGCGUCUCGAACAAGGAGCUCAGCAAAGAGCUCAGCAAAGAACUCAACCAGGAGAUCCAAAAGACCGAGAACAGCCUCGCCAAUGAGAACCACCAGCCCAUUAAGUCGGAGCCGGAGAGCGAGAACGAGGAGCCCAAGCGGCUCUGCCCCGAGCGGCCCCACCGCUUCGGCAAGGGCUUGAACGGGACACCCCGGCACCAGCUCCUGCCCAGCCUGCGCAGCAGCACUCCCCGGGUGAUCGCGCGGCCUCCCCCUUCCCUGUCGCCACCCAAGUGCAUGCAGAUGGAGCGCCACGUCAUCCGGCCGCCCCCCAUCAGCCCCCCUCCAGACUCGCUUCCCCUGGAUGACGGGGCCGCCCACGUGAUGCAGCGGGAAGUCUGGAUGGCUGUCUUCAGCUACCUCAGCCGCAGCGAACUCUGCGUCUGCAUGAGGGUUUGCAGGACUUGGAACCGAUGGUGCUGCGAUAAGAGACUGUGGACCAAAAUAGAUCUCAACCAUUGUAAAUCCAUCACCCCCCUUAUGCUCAGCGGUAUUAUUAGGAGGCAGCCGGUCAAACUUGAUCUGAGCUGGACAAACAUAUCCAAAAAGCAGCUGAGCUGGCUCAUCAACAGGCUCCCAGGUCUGCGGGAUCUGGUGCUGGCAGGGUGCUCGUGGAUCGCGGUGUCUGCUCUUUGCAGUUCCAGUUGUCCCCUCCUCCGAACUCUGGAUGUCCAGUGGGUAGAAGGCUUAAAAGAUGCACAAAUGAGAGAUCUUUUGUCGCCACCAACUGACAACAGGCCAGGCCAAAUUGACAACCGGAGCAAACUGCGCAACAUUGUGGAGCUGCGUCUGUCCGGCUUGGACAUCACAGAUGCCUCCCUGCGCCUCAUCAUCCGGCACAUGCCACUGCUGGCCAGGCUGGACCUCAGCUACUGCAACCACAUGACAGACCAGUCCGUCAACCUGCUGACCGCUGUGGGCACCACCACGCGGGAUUCCAUCACGGAAGUCGUCUUGCAAGACUGCAAUCAGGUGACCGGCCAGUGCCUCUCCUAUUUCAAGCGCUGCGGGAGCAUCUGCCGGAUUGACCUGAGGUACUGCAAGCAAGUCUCCAAGGAAGGCUGCGAGCAGUUCAUCGCUGAAAUGUCGGUCAGCGUUCAGUUUAACCAAGUGGAAGAGAAACUGCUGCAGAAACUGAGUUAGUAUUCCCCCCCCCAGGGCACAUUUGUAAAUAGUUGAGAGAGAAAAAGGACUCCAAGAGGACAAAGAGGGAAUUUUAUUUUUUGGUCAGAAGAUGCCCAGCCAGAGAGCCCACAUGUCAAAAGGUGCACAACUCGACAGGAACCUGUAGGAUUCAAGCCACCUGCAGCUACCGUUUCAGUCUCUUGAGGAUUAUCUAAUGCUUUCUACCCAGGUUGUUUUAAUUCCCAAUGAUAAGUGCUAAGGAUUGUUCAUGCCUGGGUCAAGGCAGGGGGUGGUCUCACCCCUGUUGAAGGACCAUCGCAGCCUGGGAAUGUGUACAGUUUUUUUUUUUUUAAAAAAUGUUGUGGCAGAUCUCAGAAGCAAUGUUGAUUUUGGUGUCAGUAAUGUGGGCCAUAUCCUGCAUUUUUUGCCUUUUGAACACUUUUUGUUACAUCCUACAUUAUGCAGAACUAUUUUUGUACAAAUUUGUUUAAAAAAUUAUUUAUGCAAAGUUUUUGACUGCAUUGAUGAAAGUGUUUCUCUUUGGUUUCAAACUGCCAAGUUUUACGGUGGGAGAGAAUUUAGUCUGAACUUCAUAGAUAAAUGGCCUGUUGUCUGUUGCUGGCCUAGUUUAUGAAGCAGGCAAUCUUUAAAUGCAAAAGGCAUGUUUUAUUGGAAUUUUUAUAUCCUGCUUUGUACAAGCUGGGAACACCCCCACCCCACCCCGAAAAAGCAUGUUGUUGGGGAAAGGCAGUGUAAAUGCCCAGUCUAAGGAAAGAAUGCAUUGCCAAGUUGUAUUUGUAUGAAAUUCACCUUUCAGUUUUGGGACUUCCAACUAGAGCUUUUGCACAGGGGAAGGUUUUUGAGGUCAGCGUGGGGGUACUUAGAGGGUAUGUUAUGUGCAUAUAUACCACAAGCAAGCAGUUUUGGUUUGAAAAUACAACAUCAAUUCUCUCCCCUCCCCCCCCAUUUAAGAUGGGUAAUCCUUGGUUGUAAAAAUUCAGCCUCCAUAAGUGCCAUUGUUGUUAAGUGGUGUUCCCCCCCCCCCCGCCGCCCAAUAGACCAGCCUUCCUGACAGUUUUACCUCUGUUAAAUUUGUAUAAAUGAUUGUACAAAAAAAAAAUUCAAGAGCA